AUGAAGACUGACACGGAUGAAGACACCCUGCCAAGCAGCACCCGCGCUGCCAGACAAGCCAAGAAGAAGACCAAACCCUUGAACCUUAAGAUCCACAGCAGUGUGGGCAGCUGUGAGAAUCUGCCCACGCAGCGCUCACCCCUCCACAACGAACGAUCUCUGCGGUCCUUCUUCUUCCCCUCCUUCAUCCCUUCCACACCUCCUGUCCAUGCUGAAACACCCUCUGCAAACACUCUUUCAGUGCCUCGCUGGUCCCCACAGAUUCCCCGAAGAGAUCUGGGAAACUCAAUAAAACACAGGUUUUCCACAAAGUAUUGGAUGUCACAGACAUGCAUAGUAUGCGGAAAGGGAAUGUUGUUUGGACUGAAAUGUAAAAACUGCAAGCUGAAGUGCCACAACAAAUGCACCAAAGAAGCCCCACCUUGCCAUUUACUGAUCAUACAGCGAGGCGGACGAGAAUCCCUCAAAGACCACCAAGGAACAACUCAAGUAGCUCGUCUAGUACGGACCGAAUCAGUGCCAUGUGACAUCAACAACCCACUCAGGUACACAGACCUGCACAUCAGUCAGACGCUCCCCAAAACCAACAAAAUCAACAAGGAUCACAUCCCAGUCCCGUACCAACCAGACUCCAGCAGUAAUCCCUCAUCCACCACCUCCUCCACCCCAUCCUCCCCGGCUCCUCCCCUGCCUAGCAGUGCCACGCCUCCCUCGCCACUACAUCCCUCCCCACAGUCAGCACGGCAACAGAAACAGUUCAACUUGACAGCCUCCAGUUAUUUCAAAUACAAACAACAGUUCAUCUUCCCAGAUGUUGCUCCAGAAGCUCCUCCAAGCAGAGCCCCGCAGGUCAUCCUGCACCCUGUCCUGUCUGAACCAGGGAAUGAAGGCAACCCUUUACUUCAAAUCGAGGUUGAACCUACAUCAGACAAUGAGGAGGGCAACGAUGAGGACUCUGGUGACGAGUUCGAGGAGAUGAACCUCUCACUUCUGUCGGCUCGCAACUUCCCACGCAAGGCCAGCCAGACCAGCAUCUUCCUGCAGGAGUGGGACAUCCCGUUUGAGCAGCUGGAGAUCGGGGAGAUGAUCGGUAAGGGACGCUUCGGCAAAGUUUUCCACGGACGCUGGCACGGUGAGGUGGCCAUCCGCUUGAUCGACAUCGAGCGCGACAAUGAGGACCAGCUCAAGGCUUUUAAGCGUGAGGUGAUGGCCUACCGUAACACUCGCCAUGAGAAUGUGGUGCUGUUUAUGGGGGCCUGCAUGAGCCCACCACAUCUGGCCAUCAUCACCAGCCUGUGUAAAGGCCGGACACUUUAUUCUGUGGUGCGCGAUGCAAAGGUUGUCCUGGAUGUUAACAAGACCAGACAGAUCGCACAAGAGAUGGUCAAGGGGAUGGGCUACCUUCAUGCUAAGGGGAUCUUACACAAAGACAUGAAGUCCAAGAACGUGUUUUAUGACAACGGCAAAGUUGUCAUCACCGACUUUGGACUCUUCACCAUAUCUGGAGUUUUGCAGGCUGGCAGCCGGAGAGAGGACAAACUGAGGAUCCCCAACGGCUGGCUGUGUCACCUGGCCCCUGAAAUCAUCCAGCAGCUGUCUCCGGACACAGAGGAGGACAAGCUUCCCUUCUCCAAACAGUCAGAUGUCUUUGCUUUUGGCACCAUCUGGUAUGAGUUACAUGCACGUGAGUGGCCUUACAAGAGUCAGCCAGCAGAGGUGAUCAUAUGGCAGAUAGGCAGUGGGAUGAAGCCCAACCUGGCCCAAACUGGCAUGGGGAAGGAGAUAUCAGACAUUCUGCUUCUGUGCUGGGCGUACAAGCAGGAAGAGCGGCCCAGCUUCUCCAAGCUGGUAGAUUUACUGGAAAAGUUGCCAAAACGGAACCGUCGCCUUUCCCACCCAGGGCACUUCUGGAAGUCAGCUGAGUAUGUCAAAUGAGUUAGGGACACAAAACAGCAAAACAGUCUGCAACUAUAAAAAAAACAGCCGCCAUAACUCCACAUAAAUAACCCACCUCCUUAAAGAAUGCACUGAAUCCAAAAGCCAGCCCAGUGAUGAAAACUGCCCGUGCUGUGUGUAUUUCCAUGGAAUGUUGGCAUGUGUGUGUACAGAUAAGUUGACUGUCCAGCUUCUCAAAGCAGUCGGGACUCAUAUUUUCUUUGGUUUGAUUUAAACCAUGCAGGAUAUUUUUCCUUUAUCGUUUUUGUCUUUUACUAUUGACUUGAUCCUUUCAUAAUAUUUGAUUUAUUUUCUGGAUGUAUCUUGCUUGUAACUUUCGACUGAUCACGUCAUCAUGGACUUUAAAAAACACAUGUCUGAGUACAAAUGUAGAUUUUUUUCCCCCAUGUCUUCUUUUUGUUUUGAAUGAACUGUUGUACAUCACGCAUUGUAUAAUUUCACAACAUUGUCUUGCCAUUCCUUAUGUCUGUCAACUGUGUAGACCAUUUUGUUAGUGUUACCUCAUGGUCUCUCAUGUGUGGAUGUCUAUACAGGUUAUAUGUUUGUCUGAAAUUAUUUUCACUUAAAAAAAGUCCUCUUAUUUAAACUGUACCACUGAAUGUGAAGAAGCCAGCGUCCCUGUUUGUGUGGCGAUGUGUUGGCGCGGUUCUUGGAUGGGAGACUUUUCUCUCAUCAGCCUGUGCUUUGAAUAUGUCCUGAGAACAUAAGUGAGACAUUUGAACAAAAACUUUGCGGGAGAAAAAGCCGUUGGUCAGACUAGGACUCCCUCACUUGACGCUGUUCUGUGAAAUCGUUGACACUGAAAUGUAUCUCGUCAAUCUCUUCAGAAAUGCUAUCAGAGCCAGAGAACUGAGCCCCCAAUCGCCUAUUCCCCUGAUUUAAAUGUUAUUUACUUAGCUAAUAUAAUAUAAUAUAAUAUAAUAUAUCAUAUAAUAUAGCUAAUGGUAGACACAGAAUAUAAUGGAUACAGAUUAAAAUCUAAAGCUUACUGCUGUAUAGUGAGUGCAGUAGUCUCCAUGAACUUUGUAGACCCUAAUCAGUGACAAAGUACUGAAAAUUACACAUUAGGUUUCUGAGUGGUGUAUAAACUGUUUUAUAAAAUAGUUUGGAAACCUAAAUGGAUUAAAGACCUGUUGCUAAUGCGCCUGGUUCUAAGGUUUGGAUAUUUUAAGAUUCAUGUAAUGAUGUGACUGUUAGGCAGGUAAAAGCAGAACACAUGACCUUUGAAAAGGCAAAACAAAAACCGAUAGGAGUCAAAGUAAACACUGACUUUGUCUUUGGCUUGUCUUUGGCAACAUUGCUUAACAGCAGUGUUGUAGUCACUUUGACUUGGAACUCAUUUCAUCCUGCCUCAACUUGAAUUUUCAUUUCAAAAAAUUUUUUUAUUUUUAUGCUGAGCAUUUCUGCAAAUGGUAUGUCAUAAACAUUUCAUCAAUAACACAUGCUGGGUAAAAGAUUAACAUUUUUAAAUAUAGUACACUAAAAAUUAGUAAUUUUUGAAAUCAGCACCUAAAGAAAUUUAACAACUAUUGUUAAAUUACUUUUAUUACUCAUUUAGAAAUCAGCUGUAUAAAGGUGUGUUCAGACUGAACGAUGAUGUGAAUUUUAGAGGAAGCUUGACUGCAUUGCAAACAGAUGCUGGAUUCACUAAAGGUAGAGCUAAUGAAUGUGAGACAGUGGCUAAACAGUGACCACUGAGGCUACAAGAGACAGUUAUGAGGUAAUGCUAAAGGCACAACUACUACAAUUAGGCUACUGCUAUGUUUAGCAUUCAGCUAAAAUGCAAAGUAAGAGUAGCGCAAGUGGAGAAGAGUCAUAAAGUCAGCAAACUGGCUUAGUAAUGUCAAUUACACAGCAAUAUUUAAAUAAAGUUUGCUAUCAUUAGCCAACAUUAUCUACCAUAAGCUACAGCCAUACCAGACCAAGUAAGACUGUAGCAGCUGUACUGGGUUUAGGUGCAUUUAUUGCUUAUGAAUUCGAAUGAAAUUGUAAGAGGAAGAUUAUUUUCUUCUAACCCCAUCCGCUACAUAGCCAACAUGGCAAGCAUGAGAAGUGUUUUUGACCAUUAUUGGUACACCAUCUGGUUACCCAGAGUGCGCUGCAUUUUUCCAUAAUUGUCAGUGUGUGAAGUGUAAGUAGGGGGAAAUGCGAAUUCAGACGCACCAAUAGUCUUGCUUUAAUGCAAAGGUGGGCCACUCUAAUCAAACAUUUUUUCAAUGUUAGAGGUAUUUAGAGGAAAACACUAGGGUCUGAAUGAUGACAGUCUGAUCUGUAGUACACACAUAGACUGUUUAGGCAAACACAUACACACACAGUAUGUGCAUAUUGUUAGUUACAGCUCGAUACCAAUACAGUGAGGUGAAAAAAAGCUUUAUGUUUAGUCUGAACACAUCUUAAGGACAAAUGCUGUAGACCUCCAGCAAGUCCAGCAAGUAACAUGGGUAAUCAACUUUAGCAUCUGUGUCCUUUAUUCCCUUGAUUAUAUCCACAAUAUAUGGAGGUUGUACGGGCUGAAGCGCUGUUUUUACACUCUGAACAGAAAAUGAAUGUUUCUUUAACCAUUGCGAAAGGUCAGAUUUUCAUAACGUUGUUCUCUUUGGACUUAACCGUCUUCUUGUCUUCUUUUAAACAUUUAACAAAACAGACUUUUCUCUUGUCAUGGUAAUAUCUAUUCUACUCUUGACUGCAACACUGCUGAAAAGUUGACUGUGGAGGACAAUUUAAACUCAAACUUGCCUUCUUGUUUUUUUUUUAAAGAUUUGUUCUACACAAAGCUAAAGGGUGAUUUAUUAGGUUCUUGAUUUAUAAAGUAACAAGUAAGUAACUUAAAUCUGGCUGAACUUUCCCUUUAACAUAAAAGACAUAUCAGGAUGCUGAAGACCACUCCAGGCCAUUUUUCUACUCCAUACUGUAUAUCAUAAUAUAUUUUAAAUGUAUGUUUUAGAGAUACAGCAAAUCUGAGUCAUAUCAUUAUGAAUUGAAAGCUGUGGCAUCAUUUGAGCUGUAUACUGCUUUUGAUUCUCUCUAGCCACGUGGAAUAGAUAGAGACAAUCCAAUCAUGUUAAAUAGCCAUUUUCCACCUUAUUAUAUACACAUCUGUGUGUUGGAAAAAGCAUACAAACAAAUCUGCUGCUGUUUUUUGGAGUCUGUCUAUUUUGGAAUUGCUGGGAUUCAAAUAUUGUAAGUGGAUCAUUUAUAUUUGUACUGUUUACAACUUUCAAGUGCAUGAGAUGGACUAGCAAAGAUCGAUUCUUGUUAUGAAAAAAAAAACUUCUACAGUAUAUAUAAAAAGUAUGUGAGCAUUUUUGGAUGAUCUGAUGAACUGUUGUCCAUUGAGCAGUUUGAUCUCAAUAUCUAAUUAAGUUUUAUGUCAGGCUUUGCAAAUCUUUUCAACAGCUUGUUUGAGAGAAUGAUUGUUUCACAAUAUUUAUAGAUUAUAUAAAAAUAUUAGAAUAGCAUUUAAAUUUAAAAAAAAGAGUUGCGACCUGUACACAUGCUAGAGUUGACAACAACCUGACUGGGCAACCAUCAAAGAUCUAACAUUAGUGCCAAGUGUACAUAACAGAUUGCAGACUAUGUUUUAUCGUCACUUGCCGUAAUAUCAAUAUUCCUUGUGAAUUCUUUGACUUCUUUCUUUUGAAUGUACAAAUUGUGUUGUGUUUUUUUGUUGUUUCUGUUUUCUGUUAAUUUUAAUUUCUUUUUCGCCAUUUUCCUUCUAAUUGCAUAAGCAUUGAUGCUGUGUUGUUUCUUUUCCUUGAUUCCGUCCUUGUAUUGUAGAUGAUAGCUCCAAAAAGCUUGUAUUUAAUGAUGCCUUAUGAUCCAUGGCUUAGUGAUGAGUAGAUUUUUGAUCACAAGCUCUUUUAUUUGCACUCAUCCUUUACAAAGUGUAUGACAAUAAAAAGAUGUUUUCAUUUUGGA